CACCCCUCGGCCAUACCUAGUCCAUAAAUCACUUUCGUCCUACCCUACAUCCACCUGUCAUCAGCGCCGAGCCGCUGCCGUUGUACUCAUGAUACAAUUUGAUAUGAGUUCCUUGAUCUGACCUGAGAAUUACGUCGAUUUACCGCUCGGUCUCGCAAGCAGCGCUUUUGUUUUUCUUUGGUAGUCUCACCACCAAAAUGUCGACCAUGUCGGUCCCGAGAUUCUUCCUCGCGACUUUUCUGGCUAUCCAGGUCUCCGCCCAUGGAGGCCAUGAGGCUGUGCCGGAAGGCGAGGCCAUAUCUGGAGAUCCAAUUGACUCGACAUUAUGGCUGCAUAUGAUUAUUAUGGGGGUAGCAUUUGGUAUCAUUUUCCCGUUUGGCAUGGUUCUUGGUAUUAUUCGGUCUCGCUGGCACGUCCCCGUGCAAGUCGUCGGUACCAUCUUAGCUGUCGUCGCAUAUUUCAUGGGUCAUGCGCAUAAAGGUCGCCAAUUCGCUAAAAAUGUCCAUGCCUCGUUUGCAAAUUCCCUCAUGCUCCUACUCAUCAUUCAAGUGGUGCUAGGUGUCUAUUUGAAACUCCAUCUCGAGAAGGGUAUCAAUGGCCGUAUUCGUCGGUACAUGGUCCUUGGGCACGGUGUCUUAGGCAAGGCAAUGCCUGUCGUCAGCUGGGUGCAAAUGUUGUUCGGUGGAAUCACCGCGCUGGGAUUUUGCCGCGACGACCACCUCGGUCAAUGUCUUGCGCAUUUUAUCAUGGGAAGUGCCUUCAUUGCCUAUGGUAUUGUGAUGACCAUUUUGCUCCUCGUUGGUCAGUUCUGGCUGCGUCACACCGGUCGAAGCCAGGAAUUCUUCGAUUCCCUUAUCAUCGCGGCUUGGGGCUGCGUUAACACCUUUACCGAACACCGAUGGGGUGGUCCCUGGGUACAUAAUGAUUUGCAGCACACCACUAUGGGCAUUGUCUGGUGGUGUGCUGGACUGCUUGGCAUGUGGUUGAGUCGUAAAAGAAAUGGACGACCAAAGCGCAACCUAAUUCCGGCUAUCGUUAUUCUGUUGACAGGAUAUGGAAUGUCAGCUCACCCACAGAAUCUACCUCUCAGUACCAUGGUCCACACCAUGUUCGGAUACACAUUGAUGGCUGCCGGGUUAACGAGAAUCAUUGAGAUUUCCUUCGUGCUCAGAGAUCAGAGCACCUUUAGCCUUGAUGGCUCAGACCCUCACAGCUUCCAAUACUUACCACCAUUCCUUCUUUAUGCUUCGGGUUUCCUCUUCAUGGGUGCCACAGAGGAGCAAAUGCAACUCCUCAGCGAUGCUGGCGUCACCCAUGUAUCAUACAUUUUAAUCCUGUAUAGUGUCGCGUUCAUUCUAUUCCUUUUUGUCAACAUUCUCCUACAUCUAUAUGCUGUCCAUGCAUUCCCCGAAUCGGCGCAGUUUAAUAGGAAAAACCAGCAACUUCCAAAAACGCGCCGUACUGAUUCCACCUCAUCAUAUACCGAAGCCAAUGGUACUUUGCAACCGAACGGCUAUACCCGUUCCCGCUCAGAAGCCGAACAAGUACACGACGCAGAGGCCUUCGAAUUGCAGGGCCUCAUCUCCGAUGACGAAUAUCAUGGCCACAAGGAAGGCGAUGAUGACGAGGACACUCUCGUCAACCCCAAGUGAAGGACUACUACACAAUUUAAAUUAAAUACUUGUCAACGGAAACAAAGGAUACCCGACUAAAUUUCUAUUGCUCUAUGCCAUGCUCACAUCCUAGGAACGUUCAUCUAAUAUUUCAAUAUCAUUUGAAGAUUUCCUCUUUCAUCUUUGCAUUUAUUCGUUCAGGAAAAUCUUGGACUGGCGUCAGUUAGUUUAUCAUACUCUAGGUUUGGAUUUCAGUCAAAUGAAGACUGCUACAUUUACAUAAACGAAUUCGUAGAUAAAUGAAAAACUUUAGCAAGA